AUUUGCAGAAACCGGCUCUGUCUUCUCGACCUUCUUGUGAAAUCUGCAACAAUGGUGGAUUCGAGAUUCUUUUUCGUGUCCUUAACCAUCAUCUUGUUCUUAGUAUUCUCUACAGUUGCUCAAUCACCAGACCAGACCGUGGAGAAUAAAUCUCUUCGAGUUCUCUCGAAGACACUAAUCGGCGAUGACGGCAGAGUCUACGCUUGCUCCGACAACGAUUUCUUCUCCUUCGAGUCUAACGGUUCAAUCGCUUGGUCUGUACACAUGGAUUUCAAAUGUAACACCGGUUUCUCCCCGGUUUAUUCCGGUUUUAACCAGAUGCUCGUUCUUGCAGAGAACCGAAUCCUGAGAAUCGAUUUCCCGAGAAACGGAACCAAAACCGAACCGGAGAUGUUCUUCGAUCCAGGCGAAACCAUUCUCGGUUUCGCGGUUAGCAUAUCGAGUUCUUCGGUUUACAUCACGGUCAAGGACCAUGGUCUCUACGCUUACAGUAUGCUUCGCCAGCAACUCUGGAUCGCAGAGCCUAAAACCGAACGGUUCGGAUACAGAUUAGGUUGUAGAAAAGAUUACGACAACUGUAAAUUCGAUUCUGGACCGGUUAUUGAUUCUUGCGAAGCAAGCAUCUAUAUAUCAAACAAUGAAGGAGAACUCUACUCGUUAUCUCUCCGUGGCACAUACUACCAAUGGAUCCAAGAUUUGAGUCUAGUGGACCGGUUCUUCACCGUUACACAAGGGAACAACGGUCUAGUCUACGUUGUUUUCCCAACAAAAUCGUUAGUUUUCGCGUUAGAUUCUUUUUCCGGUGACAUUCUCUGGCAGAAAACCGUCGGUCCAUUAGCAGAAAGUUCCAGUUCACAGCCUGUCAUAGACACAAACAGUUGGGUUUCGAUUGGUUCGCUGGAUGGGACAUUGUACUCGUUCUCAAGAAAAGGGGAGCUUCAUAAGAUACCAGAAAACGUGGAAGCAGAUUUGAUGAUCCAAGUAGAGCCGUUACUGGAUUGCUCUGGCAACGCGGUUUAUGUUUCUCAGACAAAGCUAGAAGGGAAGACCGAUCUAGUCAUUGGAGAUAGUACUUACGUGUCGGCCAAGAAGCCAGAAACCGCGGUCUUUUCACUUGUAGUUCCAGAGACCAGAUCCAUCCACUGGUCUCAUAGUUAUUCUGAUCAAUCUACGAGUUUGUUACUAGAUGAAGAUCUACAACAUUUUGUGUUGGACGAGAGGAUUGUUCUUGCGUUCAUUGCAGCUUCUAACUCAGGAAACCCAUUUAGAUGUCGUUCGAAACACGUCAAACUGUCAUCUAGCUGUUCAUUUGCAGAACCAGAGCAUCUUGAUAUCUACAUUGGUAAUGAAAGAGCGAUAAUUUGGUUUCUACUGUUCGAGUUUGUGAUCAUAGUCCUCUUUGCGGCGCUUGUGAGGUUCUGUUUUAUAUUCUGGAAGAAACAAAAGCUUCAAGGUCGUCCCUUCAGUGUCUUUUUGGACAAGCGACGUUUGUUACACAGAAAGAGGAGAGAAAUCGAUAGGACCAUAACAAGACUUCAAAACAAAUCAACGGCUGAUGAAUUCUCCGUGGAUAAAAUCAAUGAUUUGGUUCAAGAGAGGGAAAACGUGAAGAGGAAACUCUCUUCGACCUAUAGUCUUGGAAGGGACAUAGAUGCGUCAAAAUCAAAAGAUCAUGUUCUUCCCUUGUACGGGGGAGGUUCUAGAAGCCUCUCUUUUAGAAAUAGGGAGAACGAGAGUAUCACCAUUUUUCAAACACAUCGCCAUGAGUCAUCAUCAUCCUCGGAAGAGAGCUAUAGGGACCAGCACUAUGAUGAUGAUGAUGAUGAUGGUGUUGCGGAUGACGAAAAUGAUGAAGGUGACUUGAAACGCAAGCAAAAGGGAAAGUUCUUUGUUCAUUCAGAGGGUUCUACUAGUGAUGAUGAUUAUGAAUCAUGCGGUGUUGCAAGUAGUAGAAGAAGCACAUAUUUGAAGAAGAGGUCGUUGUCUUUAAGAGAUUGAAGAUUGCUAAUGUGUAAUUUGUAGUUUAUAACCAAACAAAAAUAUUUAUAGC